ACCGGGCUCGCUCUUCCCAUUCGGUUCGAUCAGUAUUGUCUGUGCGACCAAGAGCUGACAACCAGCAAGUAUUCUCUUCGAUAUUUCAAUAKAUUUAAAUAUAUAUUUGACGAAGAGUAAACUAAUGUAAUCUUGCGUCGGAGCACUAUCAUUCUGCCAUUUACAAAGACUAAAGGAUAGUUUUAAAACCAGAUUAAUUAUCGCUAUGUAGAUGUCUCGGUUGGAGUACUAGGAACGGGAGGACGCUGAUCUGUGAUCCAAGAUGAGUGGGACCAACGCGGCGUCUGGAGCGGCGCCCUGCCGCUUCGCUCACUACUUUGUGAUAUGCGGAAUAGACACCGAAACUGGGCUGGAACCGGACGAAUUAGCCGCUUUGUACCAAUGGCUAGAGGCUGACCGCCAAGGCAGGGACCCCGAUACAGCAGCCGCAGGGGAGAACUUUGAGCAGAGCCCCCUGAAGAGGACGUUCAAGUCUAAAGUCCUGGCCCACUACCCUGAGAACGUGGAGUGGAACCCUUUCGACCAGGAUGCUGUCAACAUGCUCUGUAUGCCCAAAGGCCUGUCGUUCAGGACACAGGCAGACAGCCGCGAGCCCCAGUUCCACUCCUUCCUGAUCACGCGGGAGGACGGCUCUCGCACCUACGGCUURGUCCACACCUUCUACGAGGAGGUGACGUCGCCUCAGAUCUGCUCGGCCAUGCAGACCCUCUACCAGAUGCACCAGGCAGAGAACCCUUCCUCCGCCACCCCCUCCUCCUCUUCCUCCUCCAGUAUGGACUCUCUGGCUAGCAGRCUCGACGAAGCAGAUUCUCCYUCMUCAUCCUCGUGCCGGUCGGCGGCGUGCGGCGGCUACGACGCGUCGCGGGACACCCUCUACGUCUCCAAGGCGUUGUGUCUGAUCACGCCCAUGCCCUUCAUGCACGSCUGCCGCCGUUUCCUGUCCCAGYUGCACCGGGCCGUCACYGCCGCCUCGCCCCCGCCCCUCCCRCUYGAYAGCUACGUGCACAACAUCCUGUACGAGGUGCCCCUGCCCCCUCCGGGGCGCUCGCUGAAGUUCCACGGGGUGUACGAGCCCAUCGUGUGUCAGCGUCCUGGGCCUGGGGAGCUGCCUCUGGCUGACUUCCCUCUGGGCCAGACCUUCACUCUGCUGGGGGUAGAGAACCUGGUGCAGCUGUUCAACUGUACCCUGCUGGAGAUGCAGAUCCUGCUCUACUCACAGGGUAAGGGAUGCUUAUUAUACAUGCACACACACACUCCUCUCUGCCUCUACAUUCCUUGGCAGCAGGUUGUUGAGUGGGGGUUGCUUCUACAGCCAGGUGGUAUGGUGAUGACAGAUACCAGGUUGGGGGAUGGUUCGGAUAAGUCAUUCCUCCCUAUUCCUCAACACAUCCACUCAGCUGGAGCCAAUGGAACAUGGCGGUUGAUGAAGUGCGGAGGGCAUCACCACCUGCUUCUUGCCGUUCCAGCUGCGCGCACCAUGUCUACGUGCCCAUCCUACCGCCUCACUGCCUUCCUGGAUGCCCCUGUGCCCUACCUCAUGGGCCUGCAGUCCAAGGAGGGCACCGACCGCUCCAAACUAGAGCUGCCACAGGAGGCUAACCUGUGCUUCGUGGACAUUGACAACCACUGCAUCGAGCUGCCUGAGGACUUCCCCCAGUUCCCUAACAAACCAGAGUUCAUCCAGGAGCUCAGUGAAGUCCUCCUCCACUACGGCAUAUCCCCAGUGGGGGGCGCUCCUCCAACCUCUGUCCCCACCUCCUCCACCACCACCACCCCUGGGUCCGUCUCUACCCGUCACCCUGGUCUGAAGAGCCAACAGGCCCUGAGGGAGCUAGAGGACGAUGGGAGGAAUGGGAACCUAGGAGGGGAGCAGUUAGCUGUGUUGGAGCUUCUCCAAGGGAACGCUACUCUGGAAAGACUCCAGGCUCUGGCUAAGAGAACGGGGGUCCGUGUGGAAGCCCUGAGGGGGGUAGGGGGUGAGGGAGAGGCCCAGGGGGGGAGGACGGCAGUCGAAGAGGAGGAGCUGAGGAACGCUAAGCUGAAUGUACAGCUGAGGGAGGUGUUCGCRAGCAGGUUUACCACGAUGUUCGCGGACUAUGAGGCCUUCGUCAUCCAAAGCGCUCCGGACCUGGAGUCCUGGCUCACCAACCGAGAGCAGAUGCACAACUUUGAUAAGGCAUCCUUCCUAUCUGACCAGCCGGAGCCCUACCUGCCCUUCCUGUCCCACUUCAUCGAGACCCAGAUGUUCGCCACCUUCAUCGACAACAAGAUCAUGUCCCAAUGGGAGGAGAAGGAGCCGCUGCUCCGCGUCUUCGACGGUCGCAUCGAUAAAGCUCGUCUAUACAAUGUUCGAGCCCCAAGUCUGCGGUCCUCCAACUACCAGAGGUGCACCAUCCUCAAGGAGUCGGCCCAGGCCAUCGAACAGCGGCUGAUGAAAAUCGACCACACAGCCAUCCACCCUCACCUGUUGGAUAUGAAGAUUGGACAGGGCAAAUAUGAACAGGGCUUCUUCCCCAAGCUGCAGUCUGACGUGCUCUCAGUCGGACCCACCAAUAACAAGUGGUCCAAUCGUACCGCUACGGCUCAGCGCAGGAAAGACCGUCACAGACAACAAACAGAACACCUGACUCUAGAUAACGACCUCAAAGAGAAGUACAUGCAGGAGGCUCGGAGCCUGGGGAAGAACCUCCGUCAGCCCAAGCUGUCUGACCUCUCACCUGCCGUCAUCGCUCAGACCAACUGGAAGUUUGUGGAGGGACUACUCAAGGAGUGUCGCAUGAAGACUAAGCGUAUGUUGGUGGAGAAGAUGGGCAGGGAGGCGGUGGAGCUGGGUCAUGGGGAGGCCAACAUCACAGGUCUGGAGGAGAACACUCUCAUCGCCUCCCUCUGUGACCUGCUGGAGAGGAUCUGGAGCCACGGCCUGCAGGUCAAACAGGGGAAGUCAGCCCUGUGGUCCCACCUGCUGCACUACCAGGCCAGAGAGGAGAAACUGGAGCAGCAGCAGGCAGAGUCACCAGUGUCAAACGGUCCAGAGAGACGAAAGUCUGAGUCGUCAAUAGGGAUGCCAUCACUGCGAGCGUCCGUCAUACAGGAUAUGAGACACAUCCAGAGUAUGGGGGAGAUAAAGACUGAUGUGGGCAGAGCGAGGGCCUGGAUCCGUCUUUCUCUGGAGAAGAAGCUACUCUCCCAACACCUCAAACAYCUGCUGUCCCGCCAAGCCUUAACCAAGAAGCUGUAUAAGCGCUACGCCUUCCUGCGCUGUGAGGAGGAGAAGGAGCAGUUCCUGUUUCACCUGCUCUCCCUCAACACUGUCGACUACUUUUGUUUCACCAGUGUCUUCACCACRAUCAUGAUCCCGUACCGCGCCGUCAUCAUCCCCAUCAAGAAGCUGAGCAACGCCAUGACGACCUCCAACCCGUGGGUGUGUGUGUCGGGUGAGCUGGGCGACUCGGGCGUCAGGCAGAUCACCAAGAACGUCCUGGAGAUGACCUUCGAUUGUCAGAACCUGGGUAAGCUGACUACAGUCCAGUUGGGUCAUGAUAACUCUGGGCUGCUGGCUAAAUGGUUGGUGGACUGUGUCAUGGUCCGCAACGAGAUCACAGGACAGGGGCAGUCUGACCAUCCUGCUCUGUGGUGAGGUUGGUCUGGUCGGGGCUCUGGAGCAGUUCUUCCACAACGGCUUCAAGUCCGCCCGCCUCUUCCAGAAGACUGUCUUUGUCUGGGACUUUGUGGAGAAGGCGGUGGCUUACAUGGAGUCAGCAGACCAGAUGGGGGACAUGCAGGAGACUGCUGAGCCCCUGGGCCUGACCUGUGUCUCUCUCUGUCACUAUGUCAGUGCCAUCAACUCCUCGCCCAGGAACAUUGGCAAGGAUGGCAAGUUCCAGCUGCUUGUCUGCCUCGGGGCCAGAGAUCGUCUGCUGAUUCAGUGGCUCCCUCUGUUGGUGGAGUGUCCAGUGAUCCAGCGGAUGUACGAGGAGUCUGCUNCUGAGCUAGAUCGUCUGCUGAUUCAGUGGCUCCCUCUGUUGGUGGAGUGUCCAGUGAUCCAGCGGAUGUAUGAGGAGUCUGCUCUGCUGCGGGACCGGACCACGGUCAACGAUCUCAUCGCUGUCCUGCAGACRCUCCACGACUUCCCCAUCACCCUGGAGGCCUCGCUCGUCAAGGGCAUCGACCUUUAA